AAUUUUUCUUAUACAUUAUCUUUUAGUGAAUUUUUUGCUCAUGUUCAUUGARGUCCCAUUAGAUUAGRUCGAAAGUUGUUGUUUCUCAUUUUUUUUCUGAUUUUGCCCCCUCCCCUCCCCCCGUCGCUUAGCUACACGUACUUGUACUUUCACUUUAGCUGUUGAUAAGAGCCUGGGACUUCCGUGUCAUGUCAACUCAAYGCAAACAAAAAUUACGUUCGCUUUUAUCGACAAGGGCUGCUCAAAUUGCCGAAAAAACADGUCUUUAGGAGGAUGAAACCUUAAAGAUUUUUGGACUUUUGUCUUUUCUAAAUGCAUUGUCCUUUGUGUAAAGAAUUUGUCGCUGAAGGCGAGGACCUCCAGUUCCAUUAUUUGCUUGGUUGCUCUGCGUUCUCCGUUAACAGAGAGCCAGAAGASACGGAAAAUGACGUGCCAACGGCUGCGGUGCGAUUUARAUGGGCCAAAGUUGAACCAUGUGUUGAGCGCAUCGUUCAUUUGAUCAGCUCUUUGCAGGGUGAUUCCAUUCCUAUGCAUUGGAGUGAUGUAGAGGGYUUGUAUGAAUCAUCGAUGACUACAGUCCCAGUGGGCAAGCAUUCUUGUCAGUUAGCAAUAGGGGGAGACGUUGUUCCAGUCCAGGAUUUUGAUAUUGAGAGAAAUACAGACGUCAUGUAUAUUAUUCCUUUGGAUCCAGAAGAUGAUGAAGACAUUGAGGAAGAAAUUGAUACUAGAGAGAAUGUCAUUGAUGAUGAUGAUGAUCCAGUAGCUGAUCUCCUUGCAUCAAGAUCUUUCCAGCAUGAUGAACACACACUACCAAACACAGACACAAGACAAGUUCACCAUGGUGAUAGUUACCAUAGUGACGAGGAGGAUAGACAUGUCUCAGUGAAAGAUAGAAAUCCAAUUGAACUCAGCCCUUUAUAUCAAGAGCUUCUGCAACACCAGGUUUUACACGGAGAGCCUUCAUGGAUUCCCUCAAGUGGWAACCAGUCUCCCACUUCCUCAGACAAAGAGUUAGAGGAUCUUAUUCAGAGGGCUAAGGCUGAGAAAGAUCCACCACAGCUUACCAGUCAACCUGUCAAUCCUGAUGAUAGAUUAUUGAAAAGCCCAAUACCGGUGAAACCAAUUGAGUUGGUGGAACUUCCAAGUGAAAAGACUGGAGAGAGUGAGAAUAAUUCAAAAUCAAAAGUUGAAAAAGGCGAUGGCAUAUCUUCAUCAUCUACAGMYACGUACAGUGGAUCCACCAGCAAACGAAGCAGUGGACAUUCUUCACCAAGAAAUAGUCCUCCAUUGAGCAGCGAUGCGUCUGAUGAAAGUUUGCAGUUACAAGAGCAGAGCCUAGAGGAAUCAGUGCCCAGGGUAGAUGAGCUACCGUGUCCUUAUACAGGGACAUUUAUAACCGGCCACUUGCCUGAUAAUGAACCUACURAAAUAGUCCCUAGUCCCCAAGAUAGACGGUCAAGCACCGAAKGGCACCAUUCAGAAACUAGAUCCAGUCCAAAUGGUCAACCACCAAUUGAUUCAAGUGGCCUAUCACAAACUAGAGCCAGCCCAAGAGAUCGAUCUCCAAGUGAUACAGGUGGCCAAUCAGAAGCUAGAAUCAGUCCACUUGAACGUCCAUCGAGUUCCCAAGACCGUCCUCCAAGUGCUAGAAGUAGCCAUUCAGGAACUAGAGCUAGUCUUGAAGAUCGACCUUCUAGUGUCAGAAGUGRCCAAUUAGAAACUAGACCCAGUCCCGAAGAUCGGCCUCUKAGUGUUAGAAGUAGCCAUUCAGAGACURGASMCAAUCCGUUUGAMCGACCUUCAAGUGCUAGAAGCACCCAAUCAGAGAGUAGAAUUAAUCGUGCUGACCAUCCUUUAACCCCUGAACUGAUGCAAAGAAGGUUUUCAGGACCAGGUGGGUAUCCUGUGGUUUCACAAGAAAGACGAACUCCACCCCUAUCAAGUCCAAGGUCUCCUAAUGCUGGCAUAGAGGGGAGGGGUACUGGAUCCAGUCAUCGUUCUCAUAGCUUUACCAGCGCUCCAGGAGAUUUACCAAGUCCUUCUGAACCUUCUCCUAGUAUCAGUCGACACUCCAGCGCAAGAAGUACUCCACAUGGGACGAGAAUUCUACCAGAUCGACCACAAAAUGGGCUCCCUGUGGAUCUAGCGCAUGCACGUGAAAGCCACGCCCUGACAAAUGGUUCACGUGAACUUCUCGAACAUUCUCCACGAAAUGCAUUUGCAUCUGAACCUAGGGACCACAAGGAGUUGAAGGAACGAUGUGCACAGCUCGAGAAAGAAAAUCAAGAGAUGAAAGACGAACAAGAAAGUUUGAGGACUGUUAACAAACUCACUUAUGAAGACUUAAACAAAGUGAACUCAGAUCUUCUGGCUGAGCGAAGUGAUGUUCUCCGACGCAAGACGUAUGGGUCACCGAUGCGUUCUCUGACGGACGACACCAUUCCACAGAUAGAGAACGCCAAGAGAACUCUACAAGAAAAGGUCACCCGUCUCGAGACUGAGAAAAGACGAAGUGAUGUUCUCCGACGCAAGACGUAUGGGUCACCGAUGCGUUCUCUGACGGACGACACCAUUCCACAGAUAGAGAACGCCAAGAGAACUCUACAAGAAAAGGUCACCCGUCUCGAGACUGAGAAAAGAGAYUUGAAACACAAAUAUAACGAUACAAAACUGGAACUAGAGAAAACCAAAGCUGAGAAGAGCAUCAGCGAAUUCAGGUUGACAAAAGCAAGGAGCGAAGCCGAUCUACGUGAUAAGUUUGAUCGAUUCACCGACUACAAGUCAACAACGGACAAGGAUCUUCUGGGCGCCGGUACAGUCAAGACAGGCUCAUCAGGACUGGGAAGCUCCCGUUACACAUGGUCUGACACAAACGUWGACAAUACUUACAAAAGAGGGUCAUAUACGUCCCCUAGCCACGCCCUUCUAAACGGCUCAGCAUCGCGUACAUUAGACGACUACACUCGAAGAGACAGUCCCUCAAUUUACGGGACAUCCCGUAGAAAUCGCGGGACUCUGGAUAAGAAAAUCGACGACGUUUCCGAGCAUCGCCCGAAGUACUCUCAUAGUAGACAUCGGAGUCUUAGUUCGGAGUCGUCCGGGUCAUCAUCGCUGUUGGAGUAUGAAUACGGAGCAAAUAUCCGUAUCCCGUAUGAGGAUACGUCAUAUGCAUCACGUGACAAGAAGGUUGAGUUGAGGGAGUCUGGGACUGGACGAAGGGCGGCUAGACCACACUCUUUUCAUGCUGUGACGUCAAAUCCUACCGACUACGUCACAGACCGCUACAAGCACCACCCCAAAUCAUCCAGCUACAGUACAUCACGAGUGCUGGACAACACCAAACCAUACGACUACGGAAGAACUASUUUCAACUCAUCAUUUACGUCAAACUCGUCGUCUGGUGUUCGAGACUACUCUAAACCCUUCUUACCGAUUAAUUCAGGCGAGAUUCGGCUCGGUAAGCGCGUUGUGGUGAUGCGGUCUUGCGGAAACGUAGGUCGUGGCGUAGUGCGUUACGUUGGCGAAUUGCGGCAACGCCAAGGAUCGUAUAUUGGUGUUGAGCUUGAUAAUCCAAAAGGAAAACACGACGGUACAUUCAAUGGGGAUCGGUAUUUCAAAUGUAAACCAAACAGAGGAAUUUUUGUCAGGUUUGACAAAGUCAUCAUGUGUUGCAACUAGCAUUGCUACUAUAGAAACAAUAGAGGACCAGAAGAAGUUGAUACCAUAGCAACCAACCACAUUCGUCAUUAGUUUCCAUGGCAGUGGCUAAACGCAAUGUUUAUAUAAAAUACCAAAGGCAAAAGCUACAUAGAAAUGCCAACUUGACAAGAUGUGUCCAUGGUAACGUCUUAGAAAUUGAUUAUCUGAUUGCACGUAUAAUUUAUAGUUGCUAUAGCAACAUAUUGACGGUUACUAUGAUAUUUUAUUGUUACUAUAGUGAUGGGCAAUGGAGAGUUUCGGUUUCUCUAGCGAUUGAUAGUUACUUUGCAAAUAGUAGACAUGUAUUUUCAUACAUAUUUUAAGUUUUCAACUCGUACUUCAGCCUACAGUCCCUGACAAUAAUCUUGACAUAUCUAACGCACUGCGGUGUUUGUUAGAAUGUGUCAAGUUGUGCAAGUAUAUAGCUAUUUCAAAAAAGGUUGUCGGAUAAAAUGGCGAAUGUCAAUUGUCGAACGGCGACUGCACGACCGAAAGUAGGCAUGGGCUUUGCUAGUUGAAAGGCAAUAACAACUGAUUUGUAUUGUAAGAUAGUCUGAGGUGAACAUUAACUCCAUUUAGUCUACAUUUCUAUGUAAGGUGAAUCCAAUAGGUGAAAUUUUGUUUAUCAAAACAGUGUAACCAUAGUCCCUUUCGGUCGUGCAAUCUCCCUUCGACAAUCGCCGUUCUCCCCGACAACGUUUUUUAAAAUAGCUGUAUUUUGUACAUAUACCUUUCAAACCUAUCCCACAAGUCAAUGUUGGGUUGUCUUUAAUUUAUAUGCCAUCACGUCAUACAACAUUGUCGUAGCGGAGGGGGUUUGGAUAGAGGAAACGCGAAAUCACAGAUUAUACCACGCCCGUUUUAGGCUCGCAGUAAAAUUGGAUUAUACCAAGAUAAAGGAAUAUUCAAGAAUGCGUAACCAACUUUAUUUCGCUUUGGUUUGGCUGCACAUUAAAUGAGGCGACUGUUCA